UUCUUAUUAAUUAAUACUCCGUAUAAUAUUCUCUGUGUUUUCAAAAUAGUUCAUGUAUAUUAUGAUUUUUGGCAGCUUUGUUUUUGUAAUUUGACUUCUCAUAUCUUUAGCAUUGAAGAUCUCGUUUGACAUCCGCGUUAGAGAUCAAACCUCAAAAAUAAAACAACUUUCCAAGCACAAAAAAAUAAUAAUAAUCGUACAUAAAAAAUGGUAGGGCCAUCGGAGAAUGUCAAGCCUGCCGGAGCGGCUGCCGGAACAGCCGACCAAGCCUCCCCAAAGUUGCCAUCGCCGGGGCGGCAGCACGCCGGAGUGCUCCACCAGACUCGGAAGGCGUCGGUCUGCCCGGCAAAAAUGGCCGCCGGUGGACUCGCCAUUGCCGCCACCAUAGCCUACUUUACGUUGUACUCCAAGAAAAAGCCGGAAGCCACCGCCAUUGACGUAGCAAGGGUUGCCACCGGCACCGGAACUCCGGCCAACACCCGUCCUCGCAAUUAAACUCGUGCACGUGCACGCACUUAAUUUGCACCAAGAUUAUUUAUUAUUAUUUUUGCAGUAUUUUGAUUUUUAUUAUAUAUUUUGAGAAAUCGUUAUUUUAAGAUUAAUCAACUUUUCGUAGUUUUCGUUUAAAUUCAUUUCUUUUCAGGUUAAAUUGGGCAUUUAUUCUGUCUACUGUAUUUAUUACUCGUAAUUGAUUAGCAACAAUAAGAACAUGCAAUGAAAGGAUGUGCUUGGG